AUGGUCACCCUAAUCAUUGGAUAUGUGGAGGUCUGCAUUCUGGCAUUAGCCUCCGGAUCCCCAUUUGAUCCAACGUUGGAUGAUGGCUGGAAUAAUUGGAAAUCAUUUCAUAAUAAACAGUAUGAAGAGCAUGAGAAGGAUUAUAGAAGACUGGUUUGGGAAGACAAUGGGAGAUACAUCGAACAACACAAUCUGGAGCAUGCAAUGGGGAAACACACCUUUACUGUGGGAAUGAACCAAUUUGGAGAUCUGACCUUCAAUGAGUUCAGGCAGCUUUUGUCUGCAUCCAGCAUAAACGAAGCUGAGAAAAUGAGUUCCAAAGUGUUUACAGCACAGCAGAACAUCCAACUGCCGAGCACUGUUGACUGGCGUCCCAAAGGUUAUGUUACUUCAGUGAAGGACCAGGGGCAGUGUGGUUCGUGCUGGGCUUUCAGCGCUACUGGAGUACUUGAAGGUCAAGUCUUUAAUAAAACAGGAAAACUCAUUUCCCUGAGUGAACAGUAUCUGAUGGAUUGUAGCAGAGCUGUGGGAAACGCAGGCUGUAAUGGUGGAUCUGUCCUGGCAGGAUUCCUAUUUAUAAAAGAAAAAGGCAUCACUUCUGAGCAGUCUUAUCCAUAUACUGCGAAGGUAACUCUGCUCUUGUCAGGAAAUUCCUGGAAAUCAUUUGGAUCUCAGUUUUCUUUGACUUGCUUUUGGUUUCAGGAUGGCAAUUGUACAUUCAACCAGAGUGAUAUUGUUGCUACUUGCAAAGGUGCGCAGCGGAUUCCAUCUGGUUCAGAAGUGGAUUUAGCUGCAGCAGUGGCUACAGUUGGACCAAUAUCAGCUGGUAUAGAUGCAGAACAUAGAUCAUUCAUGUUGUACAAAUCAGGAAUAUUUUAUGAACCUCGCUGCAGUACAACCAAAUUGGAUCAUGGGAUUUUGGUCGUUGGAUAUGGAACUGAAAAUCAGAAACCAUUUUGGAUUGUUAAAAACAGCUGGGGAGCAAGUUGGGGCAACAGAGGAUAUGUUCACAUGGCUAAGGACAUGGAUAACAACUGUGGAAUUGCUUCCAAUGCAGUUUACCCCGAGGUUUGAAGGUUCAAGUAUCAGUUGUAACUGGAUAAAACUCCAACAGCAAUAAUCAGACUGCAUCUGCCUGGAGCUCUGAUUUUAUGGAUCAUUGUUAACCAUACAUCAUCAUUUAUCUUUGUCAUUGCAUUUAAGCAGAGUUAGUUACAGGUUAUUCAAAAAAAUGCUAUAAUUAAGACAAAUGAAAGCUUACUUUAUGGCAUCAAUGAAAUGAUAACCAUACCUGCUUCAAUAACAACACAAAGGUUCACAUUAUUGCAAAUCGCCUGUUUAUUGUAAUACUAUGAUGUCUUAAACUAUUAUGUUGUGUAACGUGUGGAGACAAACGUCUGUAUGUAUAAGCAGCACUGAUCUAUGUAGUAAAAUGUGCCAGCAGUGAUUCUGUGUCUCUUACUGUGUUUCCAAUUGCAUUACAUCCUGUAAUAUAUCAGAGAACCUCAUUCAAUGGUUGACCCACACACUCCCAAGGAUCUAUUUUGAUGUUUGAUGUAUUGGGCAUCCUUUUGUCUUGCGAGACCAUGGGACUGUGCCUGGGAAGUCUUGCUUCAAUCUUUGUUGGUAGAGCAGCGUCUGUUGUGGGUGUAAUUGCCCCGGCGGGUGAGGCAGUCUCGGCUGCAGUGACUGCACUCGGAGGCACUGUCCUCUGGUGUAGUCUUAGAGUCAAUGAGAUGUACAGCAUGGAAACAGACCCCUCGGUCCAACUGUCCGUGCCGACCAGAUAUCCCAACCCAAUCUAG